UGAAAAGUGACCGUUUUGAAAUCUUCUGAAGGUUGAAAACUUUCAGAAGGUGGCACUUUUUUGACCUUCAGAAGGCUUUCCGACUUUUUAGACAAAAAAAGGCAGUGAAGUGUCGCAAUUUUGGCCAACCUUCUGAAGGUUGAAAACCUUCAGAAGGUUUUUGAAUUGCGUCUCCAAAGCGACAACUUUUUGCGUCCUUUUUUCCGCAUUCUUCAGAAGCUUUGACCUUCUGAAGGUCAUCUUCUGUAGAAUCUUCUGAAGACUGAAAAGCUUCUGAAGACUUUGCAGAAAAUACGCAAGAUGAAGAUGCACGAAAAUGCUCAAAAGCUUUUCUGAUGCGCGUUGCUUUGUUGGGCGUUUUAAAACAAAGCAUUGCUCGCGCCGCCUAUUUCGAAAGUGCCACCGGCGCGCGCACGCAUUUCGAAAGUGCCCACAGGCACGACUUAGCACGCGCCUUACUUUCUUGCGCGAUGAAAGAGCGCUGCCUGCUUGUGCUAGAAGUAUAUAUUUUCACAGGACGCGUUUUGGAGUUAUUGUUCACCUGCUCGCUCUGCUAUUGUGCUUUUUCUCAAACUCCCCUGUGGGAUUUUAUUUUUGCAUCAAAAAAAAGCCGACGGCGCCUGCGGUUCCAUUCUGUGUCGAGGCCUGUGCUGCUUUUUGCCUCUGAAAAGCAGUUUCUUCGGCCGCGGUGAAUGCCCUGCCCCGGAGCCGUCAGCUUUUUUUUAUCUUUUUUGGUUCUUCUUGGCAUUUGAGUACUACCUGGAGCUUGGUCAGUGAGCCCGGCCGGCGCGGACGGCGUCGCCUAUGCCUACCUGUUGCCUGUUUUCACUAACCAAGCAGGAAGCGCUUGCGAUGCGCGCAAUAAUUCCAAAUCGGAAGGCCUCCUGUGGACCACGACGCGUCUUCAUAUACUUACACAUUCUAAAGAAUCACCCUCUGUACGUACCCGGUGGUGGGCGUGGUCUGCUCACUG